AUGUUAGCUGAGGAAGCUGAUGGCUGGUGGAUCAACACUCGUCAGGUGUUGGAUGUUGCAACUAAAGUUGUAACUUGGGUUGUGUUUUACAGGGAAUUUCUAAGAAAGUGUUUUCAUGAGGAUGUUCGUGGGAAGAAGGAGAUUGAGUUUUUGGAGCUGAAGCAGGGUAACUUGUCGGUUGUUAAGUAUGAUGUCAGAUUUGUGGAACUUGCUAAAUUCUACCCUCAUUACAGUGAGGCGACUGCUGAGUUCUCAAAGUGUAUUAAAUUAGAGAAUGGGUUGCAUCUUGGAAUUAAGCAGGCGAUUGGAUACCAACAAAUCAGGAGGUUUCCAGAGUUGGUGAACAACUAUAGAAUUUAUGAGGAUGAUAGUAAGGCUUGGUCGGCUCACUAUAAGGGGAUGAGCGAGAGAAGACGAAAGCAGAAUCUGAACUGUGGGAAGCCAUAUAAUGCUCCAACUGAUAAAGAUAAACAGAGAGUUAUUGAUGGUAAGAGGUCAGGUGGAGGAGGUGGGCCUACUCCUCUUAAGUGUUAUAGGUGCGGUAAAUUGGGCCAUCGUGUCAGUGAGUGCAAGAGUGAUGUGAAGAAGUGUUACAAGUGUGAGAAGUCAAGACACCUAGUUGAUGAUUGCAAAGAGAAUGUGGUGACUUGCUAUAACUAUGGUGAACUAGUACAUAUCAGCACUCAUUGCUCAAAGCCUAAGCAAACUUCAACUGGAGGGAUGGUGUUCGCUCUGACUGGGACUUAG